AUGGCGGCCAUGCCUGCGGCGUCCAUCUACCCCCAGAGCCACGUUGGUUUUGACAGCAUCACCAGCCAGAUCGAGCGCAAGCUCCUGAAGCGUGGUUUCCAAUUCAACGUUAUCUGCGUCGGCCAAACUGGUCUCGGAAAGUCCACCCUCAUCAACACCAUCUUCGCUUCCCACCUCAUCGAGUCCAAGGGUCGUCUUGUUCCUGACGAGGUUAUUCGAUCCACCACCGAGAUCCACCCCGUGUCGCACAUCAUCGAGGAGAAUGGCGUCCGCCUCAGGCUCAACAUUGUCGAUACCCCUGGCUACGGUGACCUGAUCAACAACGACCGCUGCUGGGACCCCAUCGUCAAGUACAUCAAGGACCAGCACUCUGCUUACCUGCGAAAGGAGCUCACGGCUCAGCGUGAGCGCUACAUCCAGGACACACGCAUUCACUGCUGCCUGUUCUUCAUCCAGCCAACCGGCCACUCCCUCAAGCCCAUCGAUAUCGUCGUGCUGAAGAAGCUGUCCGAUGUUGUCAAUGUCGUUCCGGUCAUUGCCAAGGCUGACACGAUGACCCUGGAGGAGCGCCAGGCGUUCAAGGAGCGCAUCAAGGAGGAGUUUGCUUUCCACAACCUGAAGAUGUACCCAUAUGACAACGACGAGUUCGACGAUGAGGAGCGCGCUGUCAAUACUCAGAUCAAGAACCUGAUUCCCUUCGCCGUCGUGGGAUCCGAGAAGUCGAUCAUCGUCAAUGGUAACCAGGUCCGAGGUCGCCAGAACCGAUGGGGCGUCAUCAACGUCGAGGACGAGAAUCACUGCGAAUUUAUCUACCUGCGAAACUUCCUCCUGCGAACACACCUUCAGGACCUCAUCGAAACGACAUCCCAGAUCCACUACGAGACCUUCCGUGCUAAGCAGCUGCUGGCACUGAAGGAGGGAAGCGCACAAGGCCACAGCAGCAGCAGGCCAAUCAGCCCGGCCGCGGACCGGGAGCUGAGCCGCAGCUCUCAACGCAUGACCAUGAACGGCUACUAG